AUGAUUCCCGAUGCAGGCCUGUCUUCGGGGGACCAGUCAAUCCCUGUCGGCAUAUUCUCGGCCCAACCACCUAUUUUUGUCCUACCAACGCAUUUAUCUCUGGAAAGUUUGGACGAAGUCGAAGGGCGGUUGCUCGAAAAUGGUGGAAAUCUGACUUACGAUAUCUUCGAGGCGGGUUUAAUCAUUGGAAAGGUCAAUCGUGCUAAACGUGCUGCACUGGAGCUUCGAUCGCGCGGCAUCUGGACAGAAGAAUUUAAUCCUGUUUCCGCAUCAACGCCACGGAAAACCUCCGGCACUGCGCAGCCCCCGCCAAACGGAGACGCACUUCACUUUCCAAUGGGAUCAAAAACGUUCCAGUUGAAUACGGAGUCAGAGAGCGAAGAAGAUGGAGUUCGGAGUCGUCACGACCCUGCAAAACAUCUCGUGAAAGAAGCUCCACCUGAUAACUCUGUCACCGUCCUGAAGCUGGAAUGGUUAGAAAAAUCAAUUGAAGCACGGAGAUGCAUCCCAAAGGAUCCCUUCCUGGUUUAUCGUGGAAGGAUAAUUCCUGCGCCUACAACAACCCAAGCUGAGAAAGCUCAAUUCGACCAAAAGUCCAGUCAAAUCAUCCAGCGCGCAAAAAAUGACGCCAGUCAAAUACCACCAAGAGUCUCAAGUCAUAUACAUCCGCGGCAUUCGAAAAAGCCUGACAGCGCUAGUCAACAUCCCAUCCCAACACUUCAUCGAGAGACAACAUCCGAACAGGACGAUAGCGACCCCCCGCCACCCCAACCAGAUUGGGUGCGCAACCAAGUUCUACUCGCGUGUUUGCGCUCCACGCCUUUACAUCCUCCGAACGAAGACUUCAUCGCCCAGCUCAUCAAGAUACGACGCAUUCGCGAGCUCACUCUCGAUCAAAUUGGUGUUCGUGCCUACAGUACUUCGAUCGCCUCUCUGGCCUCCUAUCCGCAUGUGAUCCGCCGUCCGAGCGAGAUCCUCGCUCUGCCUGGAUGUGAUGUCAAAAUCGCGAAUCUCUUCACACAGUAUCAGGAAGAUGGUGGAUGCCGCCAUACUGAUGAUGAUGGAAAUGUUGCUGCUGCGAGUGCCUUGGAUACGGAUCCCAUUCUCCGAGUGUUGAAUUCAUUUUAUGAAAUCUGGGGUGUUGGUGCAAAAACAGCUAGAGACUUUUACUACCAUCGAGGUUGGCGGGAUCUUGAUGAUAUCAUUGAGCAUGGGUGGAGCACUCUAUCGCGUGUGCAACAGAUCGGCGUGAAGUUCUAUGAGGAGUUCCAGCAGGGCAUUUCCCGUGCUGAGACGGAGGAGAUCGCUUCUGUGAUUCGAGACCAUGCGAAUCGCGUUCGUCCAGACUCGGGUGGAGUUGAUUGUAUUAUCGUUGGGGGAUACCGACGUGGAAAAGAGCUCGCAGGGGAUGUAGACGUUAUCAUAACUCAUCGCGAUGAGACUGUCACCCAUAACAUUAUCGUUGAUAUCGCUGCGAGUCUGGAAAAAGAAAAGUAUAUCACCCAUACACUGUCGUUGCAUCUGACGUCCUCGAUGCGGGAACAGCAAACUCUACCGUUUCAUGGCGAUGAUUCGGGAAGAGGCUUUGACACACUGGAUAAAGCACUGGUCGUGUGGCAAGAUCCGAAGUUCGAUCUCAAUACCCAGGGCCACUCUGAAAGCCAUGGAAAGAAUCCAAAUAUCCAUCGUCGUGUUGAUAUCAUCAUCGCCCCGUGGCGCACUGUCGGAUGUGCUGUGCUUGGCUGGUCUGGCGAUACCACCUUCCAGCGGGAUCUGCGAAGGCAUGCAAAGAAAGCCCACUCUUGGAAGUUUGACUCGAGUGGUGUGCGAGAUCAAGGCUCAAGCGGCCAUGUACUUGACCUUGAAUCUGAGGGUGAGACUUGGGAGGAAAGAGAAAAGCUCGUCAUGGAACGCUUAGGGAUUGGUUGGAGGCCACCAGAAGAACGGUGUUCGAGGUGA